AUGGGGCAAAGUAGUUCUACAACUGGAUUUAAUUUAUAACAAUAUUAAUUUUUAAAUUAAAUAAUAGAUCCCAGAUUUGGAAACAUUAAGUUAUAUUAAAAAAAUGAGACUGGAGAAACAAUUUGCAUAAUUGAAAAAAAUUUCAUUUAGAUCAACAAUCCAGUUAAGAAUCUAGAUCAUCCAAAUAUUUUAAAAGUCCAUUACUAUAAAGCUGACAUAUGUAAAGUAAAUACUUUUAAUAAUAAAUUAGAAUAUUUGUUCAUCUUUUACAAAAUUACAACUUAUUUAAGAAUAUGUUAGUAACGAGUUAAGAUAGAAUAUAAAAAAUAGAGCAACAAAAUAGUAAUAUUAUGAAGAGAAAUAAUUAUGGGGUUUAUUAUCUAUGUGUUUAAAGGCAUUAAUGUAUUUUAAGUCAUUUUAAAUAUAUCCAAUGGACUUAAAAAAUAUUCUUCUUUCAAAUUAAGGAACUAUAAAAUUUUAAUCUUAUUAUGAUAUAUAAAAUAGUCAAUAUAUGCAAUUAUUGAACUAGAUAACAGAAGAUAUUCACAUAUCACCUGAGGAAUUAGAAUGUUUAAAAAGCAAGGAACAAGUAUUAAAUUUAGAUUUUGAGAAAUGUGAAAUAUUUUAAUUAGGAUUAACAGCUUUAUGGGCUGCUACUCUAGCUGAUACAAAUUCUUUAUUUAGUUAUGAUACUCUUAAUGUAAUUUUCGAUAUUAUAAUUUAAGUAUAGUGAAUAUGAAAUGAAGUAAAGAAUAGAAGAGUUAAAUUAUAGUUAAUAAUUUAAGAAUAUUUUAUUAAAAAUGUUAAAGCGAUUUCCAUAAGAUAGAGGAACAUUUAAUGAAUUACUCUAAGUAGUAUCUUAUCAUGAAUGUAAUGAGAAUCUAUUAGAAAUUAUAUCUAUUGAUAAAUUUGAAUAGAACAUUUAAUAAAUAUCAAAAAUAAGGCAAUAAUAUAGUUCAAGAUCACUAUUAUCUGAAAACAAUAUAAUUAGAAAUUAAAAUGAAGAUUGUCAAAUCUCAAGAACUUCAAAUUAAUCUAUUAUUUAAUUAUAGUAAAAUGAUAUUAGCAAAAUAUCUUUGGAUAAUAAAUUUAAUAUUUCUGAAUCUUAAAAUUCUUAUAAGCCAGAAAUACAUCCAAUUAAUAAAUAUAGAAAUAAACCUAGUUUUUCAUAAAAUAAACAAUAAUUAGAUUCAUAGAAUACUUAUUUAUAGAUUGGAACUCCUCAUCAUUCUCCUGAAUCAAAAAAUACUUCCUAAAUAUCCUUAUCAACUAAAAAUUAAUUUUCUUAAGCUCCAAAAAUUACAAGUUUAAUAGUCAACCCUCUAAAAUAAAAUUAAUAACUUUAAUAAUAUAAAAAUAACAUUCCAAAGCCAACAAAACCUGAAAAACAUCAAAGUCAUCAGCAACUUUAUGAUACAUCUUAUUUUUCAUAGUUAUCCUAAAUGAGCAAUAGAAGUAUUCUAGAAAAUAAAAUAGAAGAGGCAAUAUUAAAAAGUAAAAUUGCUUUAGAAAAAUUUGAUUAAACAAUUAAUUAAACAAAAUUAUUUAGAAAUUGA